AUGGUCGAGGUGGUCCAGGGCAACGAAGCCAAGUAUAUACGCCACCACGUUACGACGGUAGACAUCAUCUUUCUGAGCGAGUCUGAAGCACACUCCGAGGCGUUUUAUUUGGCAGUGACGGACCGAGCGAGUCCAGACCACUGGGGCAUGUGGAAGGACGUGUUUCGAUGGCACCAGCAGGACCAGGCUUGGCUCAUUCAGGAUCCCCGGUCUGGAAUUCGGACUGUUGUCUUUAAACAAGACGCCAAGCUCCAUCCAACCCCUCGUGCAUUGGGAUACUUUGGUCCGACACAGUUCGCUCUUCAGCAUGCAGGAAUCUGGGAAGAAGUUCGAGACCAAGGGUAUCUUCUCAAGGGCCUGUCUUGGAGGAGACCAACUCAAGAGACAUCUCCGGAAAGCCGAGACUGGGGAGACCUGAUUACAUCCUGGGAUCUGACCAGAGGAUUAGCCUCGAGGGAGGGGGAAUGCGGCUAUGGCAUGACAAUACUAGGACAGAAUCAUUUGAGAGAGAUCAUCAUGCCCAAACUGAGCGCCUCGGGGCUUGCCCGGGUCCUGGUGGCGACGCACACGUGGGUUAUCAUCCCCAUUCCCGGCGAUGGUCCUCCUUUUGUGUACAUUGUUGACCCAGUCGAUUGGACCCUAUUCAGCCCAAUCCAAAAGCCUCGUGAGCAUGGACCCACCUACUAUCGUAUUACUGUACCUAUGGCUCCCGAGCAGUGUUGCUUCCUGGGCCCACGACCAGCCAAGUAUGAGGUGAUACGGUCGCAAAGGUACGAGACCCAUCAACGAAUUGUACCAUCCAUGCUCUCUGGGAGAUGUAUGUUGAUCGGCGACGCGGCGCAUCUGAAUAACCCCUGGGGAGGAUUAGGUCUUAGCACGGGGCUGCUUGAUGCAGACUCACUGGCCGACGCUCUGGCGUAUGUCAUACGACAAGGUGUAUCAACCUCAAUACUUCGGCGCUGGGCUGAUGCGCGGAGGGAAGUGUUUCUGAAGCUCGUCAACCCCAUCUCUUCGGCGAACAAGCUUCGCUGUCAUGAUACAAACCCGGACAAUCCAAACUCAGAUCCCUUCUUCAAGAUGCUAAGAAAGGAAGACAACGAGCAAGAGCUACAGGAUGUGAUGUCGGCAAUGUCAGAAAUGGCUACAGAUGUGUCGCAAUUCAUAGAUUCUCCGUACUUGUAG